UGUGGGUUCCAGAUGUGACUCAUUCUAAUUAAAUUAGCCUAGUGAAAAAGAUUUCUGCAUGUGUGCACCUAGUGAGUUGUACUUUAUUGAGAAAGGAGACUUAGAUUGAAGAAGGCAGAAAUUAUUUCCUUGGGGAACGGCAGUUAGAUAGAAGAGGAGUGAGAAGUGUUCGAUGACGAGAUAUGAAAGUUAAAGUCUGAUUUUUGUUAUUUUCCACAAAGGGAACCGGAAGUUUGAGCAAUAAGUCUGUUCAGAACAGGCUGAAGGAACUCAGUAAGACCGACUGAAGUCAAUCUUGCCAGGGGUGCUACUGAUGACAUUCACUAGGUGAGGACAGUGCUAAGUGUUGGAACUACAAAUACACGCAAAAAGGAAGAGAAUCUCUGCCCCUCAAGGAGCUUAUGUAUUAAUGGAGGAAGAUGGGGAUAAGAAGAUUCCCAAGUGAGAGCAAGUUUGACAAAAGCAGAAGUUUGAUAGCCAAACUGAGAAGGAGAAGAGAAGAAAACCAAGCUAGGCUGGACAUGCUCACUUCUUUUAGGGCAGCUGAUCUUCCUGUUUCACAAGCCCCUGAGAUCAGACUCCCUAGUAAUGCAGACACUGAUUAAUGCUGUCUCUCAUUUUCUUUACAUCUGUGAGGAUUCUCAUUGUUUUCUGUUAUUGACACCUAUCAAGGUCCAUCUGCCACUUUGGUUGGAUCAACAGGAGUCUGCUGGGGAGACGGUUAGAAAUACCUGAAACAAAUGAAGGAUGUGCUGGCCAGUAGCAGGGAGUGGGCUUUACCCUGGCGCUGGUGAAGCUGUUGAAGAGGUGGAUGCCUCCGCAGACUUUCCCUCCAAGUUCAAAUAAGUACCAGACUCUACCUUUGGACCCCAAGAACUGUUGUAAGCAAGUGGAGUUCGACAGAUGUGCCUGGGAAACCAGGCUCCCUCUUUUCUUACAGGAACCCCAUCUAUUGAACAGCAGAAGAAGCAGACUCUUGACUGAGAGAGGAUGCCCACCAAAGGGAAAUACUUCCUCAAUGAUGAUGAGGAGUGGAAGAGCAAAGAUUCCCGCUAUGAGCAGUUCCACCAUAUGAGUCAACACUAUCCUUUUCUGCUCAUCUUCCUCUCCAUUGCCAUCAUUUCCUCACUCAUACUCAUUGUCCUUUCCUUCUUCCAUUCGACCCGCCCUGGACACCUUGCCUUCCUGGUGACUGCGUUCUUGACUCUCAUCCUAUUUGCAAUCAUUUAUGCUCUGGUGUACGUGGAGUGCCUCUUUCAGAAAUGGCUCAAAUUCUUUGCUGUAGUCAUCUGGAUUUGCUUCUUGACCCUGGGUUUCGUCUUAAUCUUCGACUUCAAGAAUGAGAAAAACUUUGUGUGGGAGCAGGUGCCCUUCUUUCUAUUCAUCAUCUUCACUGUGUACACCAUGCUGCCUUUUGAGAUGAAAGAUGCUAUUGUGGUGAAUGUCCUGUCUACUCUGUCUUAUCUGCUGGUAGUAGGGGUCCGGGCUGAGGUGUUCAAAGCAAGGCCUCCCUUGCCUCUGGUACUCCAGUUGCUGGCAAACACCACAAUCUUCCUCUGUGGGAACUUGAUGGGUGCCUUUCACAAGUCCCAGAUGCAGGAUGCAUCCAAGGACCUCUAUAUCUACACCCAUAAGUACAUCCAGCUCCGAAGGAAACUGAAGAUUAAGAAACGUCAACAGGAGAACUUGCUGCUCUCAGUAUUACCAGCUCACAUCUCAAUGGGGAUGAAGUUGACCAUCAUCGAGCGGCUUAAGGAGAACAAUGACAGAAGAAAUAUGCCUGACAACAACUUUCACAGUCUCUAUGUCAAGCGGCACCAGAAUGUGAGCAUCCUGUAUGCAGACAUUGUGGGCUUCACCCGCCUGGCCAGUGACUGUUCCCCCAAGGAGCUUGUGGUGAUGCUGAAUGAGCUCUUUGGAAAGUUUGACCAGAUAGCCAAGGAAAAUGAAUGUAUGAGGAUUAAGAUCUUGGGGGACUGCUAUUACUGUGUCUCUGGCUUGCCAGUAUCCUUGCCAACUCAUGCCAGGAACUGUGUGAAGAUGGGACUCGAUAUGUGUGAAGCCAUCAAGCAAGUGAGGGAAGCCACAGGUGUAGAUAUCAACAUGAGAGUGGGCAUCCACUCUGGAAAUGUGCUCUGUGGGGUCAUUGGUCUUCGAAAAUGGCAGUAUGAUGUGUGGUCCCACGAUGUCUCCUUGGCCAACCGAAUGGAAUCAGCUGGAGUCCCUGGUCGGGUACAUAUUACUGAAGCUACAUUGAACCAUCUGGACAGAGCAUAUGAAGUGGAGGAAGGGAAUGGGCAACAGAGAGACCCCUACCUAAAGGAGAUGAACAUUCAAACCUACCUGGUCAUAGACCCCCGGUCCCAGCAACAGCAGCCACCCAGCAACCACCUCUCAAAACCAAGAGCCAAUGAUGCCCUGAAGAUGAGGGCAUCUGUCCGAAUGACCCGCUACCUAGAGUCCUGGGGAGCAGCUCGACCCUUUGCAUCUCUGAAUCACAGGGAGAGUCUAAGCACUGAGAUCCUCAUCCCCAAAGUGAGGCGACCAAAGGCAAUCCCUCUACGGCGUCACAGGGAUGCAGAGAGGAAUGCAUCUCCAAAGGGGAAAACUGAGGAGGACACCUAUGAUGAAGAGCUGAUGUUGACCAUUGAAGGGCUCAGCUUGGCCAGACCUUGCUGCUGUGGUAAUUCCGAUGACUUCUACACCAUUGGGACAUUCUUUGUGGAGAAGAACUUUGAGAAGGAGUACCGAACCAUGCCUGUCCCCAGGGUCCGUAAUUACUUUGCCUGCGCUGGCUUUGUCUUCUUUUGCCUCUUGCUCAUCCACACCUUAGUGAUGCCCAAGACUGCAGAAAUGGGGGUGUCCUUUGGGAUUGUGGCCUGUGUGAUGCUGCUGGCCUUGGGGGCGUGUUUUGCUGAUGAUUUCCUGAGGUUCUGCCCGGAGCAGUCGUGCCUGCAUGCCUUCAGGGCCAUCUCUGAGAAGGUGGAGACAGAGCCUCUGUUGAGGCUGUCCUUGGCCAUCCUGACCAUUGGUAGCCUGCUGACUGUGGCCAUUGUGAAUCUGUUAUUUCUGCCACCAUCUCCAAAGGAUUCUGGGAACACCACUGAGAUGAGUCAUAGGAACAGCACCAACAUCGAGUGUCUCGUCCUUCCGUAUUAUGUCUACAGCUGUAUCCUGGCCUUCGUUGCCUGCUCCAUGUUCCUCCGGAUGAGCCUGGAGCUGAAGGUGGUGAUGCUGACAGCAUCUGCCAUCGCCUAUCUCACAAUCUUCAACGCUCGCUCAAUUCCGGAUUGUAACUCCUGCCUAGGCGGAAACAGAGACGCUCUGAGCAAUGAUGCCAGCCCAAGUCCUCCCAGCUGCCCAACUCCACUGUUCAUGAAGGAUCUGAAAAUAAUGAUCAAUUUUUACCUGAUCCUGUUUUAUGUAACGCUGAUCCUGCUAUCGAAACAGAUCGACUAUUACUACCGGCUGGACUACCUGUGGAAGAAUAAGUUCAAGAAAGAACAGGAAGAAUUUGAAACUAUGAAGAAUGUGAACCACCUGCUGCUGGAGAACGUCCUCCCUACCCACGUGGCGGAGCACUUCAUUGGGGACAAGCUCACCGAGGACUGGUACCAUCAGUCUUAUGACUGUGUUUGUGUCAUGUUUGCAUCCGUGCCCGAUUUCAAAGUGUUCUACACCGAGUGUGACGUCAACAAAGAGGGCCUGGAGUGCUUGAGGCUGCUCAACGAGAUCAUCGCCGACUUUGACGAGUUGCUGCUGAAGCCCAAAUUCAGUGGUGUCGAGAAGAUCAAGACAAUUGGUAGCACCUACAUGGCAGCCGCUGGACUGAGCCUCACCCCCGGGCAGGAGAAUAACCAGGACCAGGAGCGCCAGCACGCCCACAUAGGCAUCAUGGUGGAGUACAGCAUUGCUUUGAUGAACAAGCUGGAUGGCAUCAACAGACACUCCUUCAACACCUUUCGCCUCCGGGUUGGCAUCAACCAUGGGCCUGUCAUAGCCGGGGUGAUUGGAGCACGGAAACCUCAGUAUGACAUCUGGGGAAACACAGUCAAUGUUGCCAGCCGAAUGGAGAGCACCGGAGAACUUGGGAAAAUCCAGGUUACUGAGGAGACCUGUAACAUUCUCCAGAAGCUGGGUUAUUCUUGUGAAUGCCGGGGACUGAUUAAUGUCAAAGGCAAAGGCGAGCUACGGACUUACUUUGUCUGUACUGAUACCACUAAGUUCCAAGGGAUGGGGCUAAACUGAGGAAUUGCACUGGACCGUGAAGUUUAAUUACUUCGCCCUUCUUUUGCAAGUCAAGGAGAGGAUCGGACGAUAGGCUCAGCACUUGAAACUUUCCUGACACGUGGAAAAAGCUAUUAUCUCCUUGCCUUGGAAAUGCUUUAAAGAACUUUCAGUCUCUUGGACUUGAGACUCUGCUUAGGGCCUAAACCAACUACAUACAGCAUGGAGCUUUUUGGAAAGACCUCCUAAAAAGCUCGGCAUCAGGGUACCAAUAGCAUGGCAGAUACCAAGCUUCUGGAGCCGUCUUGACCCAGAUCUUAAAGAGCUGUCCCUGGGACAGAAGGCGGGAGUAACUGUGCCCUAGAAGCUGUUACUCCAUAGGGUGCCAUCUUGUGACUUCAUAGCAACAAAAAGAUAGUCUUUUGAUGGAAACUAUUUGAUAUAUAAUCAGUUCCUAUAUCUAAAGUUGCUUUAAAAUGAGUUUUUUGUUGGGCUUUGGAUGGGCCCCCGACUCUGCUUCUGUAAAAGGACUAUGGGAAUGAACACCAGUUGACUUUCUUAGUAAGUUAACAACAGGGCCAGAUGGCGGUUUGAGAUCCCUCUUAGUUCUGGGAUUCUGUACAUCUCAGAUAAUACCUGUGUUCAGUGGGGAGGUGGGGGAAGAACAAAAAAGCCCUAGUAGCAUUUUUUUUUCAUUGCUAAGAGAUUCCAAACAAUGGGGUGUGUUUAAAAGGAAAUAUUAUUGCAGAUAAUUACUAAUUGUUCCUACUUGCCAUUCUUCUGUUUCCCCUUGAUCUUGUGGAUUUGUUCUAAAUGGAUACUUUUUAAUGAGACAUUUUAGAAUAGUCAUUGUUGGAAAAAUUAACCUUUAAGUUCAUCUGCCUUCUGAAACUGACUUUUAAAAGUCCAAGAAGUCAGUGCUAUGAUUCUGAGUUUUUCGUUUUUAUAUUAAAUAGAGAUGCCUUAGCUCUAAAAUCCUUUCUCUGCAAGCAUUUCUGACUUGAUUCUCUCAAGAAGGUAGAGGGAGAGAAAAAGCCUUUAAGGAACUAAGGUAGGCUCAGCCUCCCAUCCCCAUCUGUCUAUCAUCUGGGUAUAGACACAUCGUCUAUAUGUUAUAAGGAUGUGAAAAGCCAUCUGCUUUUUAGCUAGACUGUUUCUUUAUAGACCAGAGAAAAACAGUGGGAUAUACUGUCUAGAGAAAACCUUCCCUGUGUGAACCUACCUGAAGAAACAUCUUCCUUUACUGCUUUGCCUUGCAACUGGAAACUAGUAAGACCUGAAGGAACCAUUCUGAAAGGAAGAUCUUGAAAAAGCAAGGAAGCCAGGCAGGGGAUUCCCCCAAGAAAUCCUUUCUAGUGGUUGUGCAGGUAUGAUGUCCCACCUAACAUUUUUCUUCUCAAAAAAUGCAGACAUGCUCUUAUUCGUAAUCAGAGUGACUCUCUUUAUCAACUCUGGAAGCAAACCAGGUUUAGGAAAUAUUGUUUGAAGUCUCUUGACUGUAAGAAAAGCAGUGUCUCUGCAAACAGUCUCACAGAGGUGUCCAAGGUCCAACACAUUGUAAGUAUCAGAGCUAGGAUUCAAAUGCAGAUCUAUCUGUCUCCUUCCUUCUCUUCCUUUUUGUCUUACUAUCAACUCUAAGAGAGAAGAGUGGAAAGGGCUAGGCAAUUGGGGUUAAGUGAUUUGCCCAGGGUCAGUUAGUGUCUGAGGCCAAAUUUGAACCCAGGACCUCCUGUCUCCAGACUCUGAACUCUUAUCUACUGUGCUACUGGGAUGCCUUUAAAUCCUCUUUCAAUCCUGUGUUUUUCUCAUUGCACCACCCAGUCCUUUGAGUGAGGGAAUCAAUUUCAUUUGUUUACAAGCAAAACUAAGCAUAAUGUUAGGGAAAGCUUUCUAAUCUAGGCCUAAAGCUUUUACAAAUGCUGCUGAAUUUUACUUUAUAUAAUGUGGACAUUUUUGAGCACUCAAUUUGUCUCAUCCAAAUCCAGUUUUUCAAGUAGGGGCUGAGGCCCACCAAUACUCAAAAUACUUUCAGACAUACCUGACAAAUCAGCAACUUAAGGGAACAGAAAAGUCCAUUGGUGAUUCAGCUGCCAGGUUCUCUCCCGGGAUAGAAAACUCUGAGGACCAAUCUUGGUUGGACCAAAUUUGGAAUACAGCUAAUAUGGAAUAAUGACUGUCCAGAAGCGCUCCUGUUAUCUGAAUCUGCACUGCCUAUUUUCAUCGUGUUAGAACCAGUCACUGUAUUUUACAGAAUUAUAGCUUUGAAUUAUGUGAAUGUGAAUCCUUAUUAUAUAUGGUCAAGUCAAGUGACUCUUUAUUGGGGCUAAUCAGGACUUAACUGAACUUGCAGUCAGUUCUGCAUUCCACAUUUUGAGAAAAUGCUGAUAAGCUGAAGUGUUCAGAGGAAGGCAAUUGGGAUGGUGAAGGGUUUCAAAUACACAGUACGUGAAGAUCUAUAGAAAGAACUGUAGCAAUUUGACCUGGAAAAGGCUUGAGUUGUUGGGGGGAAGAUAAGGUAACCAUCUUUAAAUAAGAAGGAAGAGAAAUUAGAUUUGUUUUUGUUUGGUCCCUAGCAAGGAACAACAGGUAGAAGUUGCAAAAAGGCCAAAUUUAGCCUUGAUGUAAGGAAAACAUUUCUAUCAAUUAGAAAGUUUGCAAAAAUGGUGAUCCUGGGCAAGUCACUUGAUCCUGUUUGCCUAGUUUGUGCCCUUCUGUCUUAGAGUUGUUUCUAAGAGAGAAAGUAAGGGUUUAAAAAGAAAUGUAUUCCGUCUCUGUGCAGGGAGUGACCAUACCGAUAAAAAAGUACAGCACUAUUUUAUCUGCUGAUGAGAAACACUGCUGCAUAUUUCAUGCAGAUAAAUCAAGUGCUUUUUAGGAUUUCAAAUACUAGCCCCUCAUGGCAGAAAACAUUUUAGUAUUACCUGUUGCAGAACUGGAAGGGACUUCAGAGGCCCUAUUUAUUCAUUCCAACCCUUAUCUAGAUAAGAACCUCUAACCAUAUAUACUUCACAAGUUUUUACCCAGUCUUUGCAUGAAGACCUCCAGUGCUGACUUAGUAGAUGGGACUACUGUGUUGAUAUGGCUCAAAAAUUCAUCCCCUUGAGGCCCAGACUUGUAUUAAGCCUUUCCAGAUUUGCUGGAGAGCAUGUGCUGGGAGUAUGUAUACCUUGUUGGCACAGGACCAGGGUGAAUUUGUGUUUAGAAUUGCCAUGGCCUCAAAUAACCUAGGAUCUCUUCCAAUCCUCACUGAAGCAAGCACCAGAAGCACACGAAUAGAGGUACUUGACACAUGUCAGCAAGCAAAAUCUAUCCAUGAAGAAAAUAGGUUUGGAAGUCAUUUUUCUCAAAAUGGCCAGUUUGCAGGCUUGGCCAUGGAUAACGUUUUUUUCUUUACUUUCACUAUACUCAGAUAACCAAGUUUUUUAGAUUUAAGCUGCUAAAAGAAAUGCAAUUUGUUUGGAAGUGUUAGUGUUUAUGUUUUACAACAAACAAAUUUAAAAAACAACAACUACCUGGCCUUUACUAUGACCCAAGAAUAUCUACUAAAAUAUCUGGCAUAGUGAAAGAACUUGUCAAAUUGAAUAAUGAGGAAUAGUUUAGUUAUUUAGUUUCCAUGCUGAAAAUAUUUUCUAAGAGAAAUGGGAGAUCAUCAGCAUGAAUUUUUGUAUGUUCAGAAUAAUGCUACAUAUUAUAUUUUUAGAAGAUACAUGUAAAUAACUGGGACUCACGCUGACAAUCUUUAACAACAUCUGUUUAAAAGCAAAAUUGUUUCAUUUUUAUAAAUACUUUAACAAAAAUAUUUCUAAAUUACAGCAAUGUUUCAUAAGAUAAAUUUGCAAUUUGGAAAUGUUUAGUACCUUGAUGUAUUUUGUACUAGACUGUACUGUAUCUAAGGUCAGUUAUGAACUUUUGCUUAUAAGGGAGUAUUUUGGUCAAAAUUCUUGUUCUAAAAUAGGAAGUCUUCAAUGUUUAAUCCCUCAAAUUAUCUUUUUGGUUAUUUCCUAGAAUGAAAUUUAAAAACUGAGGCAAAGAAUUAUUUUGCCUUAAAAAGGCAUAAACCACUUUGUCUAAAGACUCAAAAACUGAUAGUUUUGAGAAUUGCCCUUAAAGCAAAUAUCAAGUUUCAAUUUAAACAGGUAACAUGCUUUUUUUUUUUUAAAGGGAAAGGGAAAGCUGCUGCUCAGUUUUAAAAAACAAACAAAACUUUUGGACAAUGUUCUUGGCAAACCACAAAAUACUAUAGCUUUCUAAAUCUUAUUUGCUAGGUUAUUAAGUAAAAUGUCUAAAAUGGGUUAUUAGGGGCUUUGAUGGAUCUUAUGUUGAUUUGGUAGGGCUCAUAAAAGGAUUGUCUAGCCCAACCUCUGAUUUUAGGGAUGGGAAAAUAAAGAAGUGGAGUGACGUGCUCCUGGUCACAAGGCUGGGUGCUACAGUGAAAAGAUGGCUAGACUUGGGAGUUAGGAAGACACAAGUUCAAAUACAGCCUAAACCCUUAUUAGCUGUAUGGUGGACAAGGUCACCUAAUCUCUCUCAGCCUCAGUUUUCUUAUCUGUAAAAUGUAGAUAACAAUAGCACUUAUAUUCCAGGGUGUUUGUGAGGGUCAAAUGAAAUAGUACAUGUUUACUUUGUAAACCUUACAUAGCUUUAUACAAAUUAUUAUUAUCAUGCAGGUAAUAAUAACCAGCAUUUAUAAUAGCACCUGCUUCUUAAAGGGAGGAAAUUGAGGCAAAUAGAGGUUCAGUGACGUCCAUUGUUAUGUAGUUAGGGUCUGUGGAAGGAUUUGAAUUCAGUUUCUCAGACUCCACAUCCAGUAUUUUUCCCAGUUCAUCCUGCUGAUUUAAAAUUUUUCUGGGUCUUCAGCACCUUCCUUUAGCCAAAGAGCUUCAAAAGGUGAGAACUGAAUGGUGUCUGAAUUCUAUUUUAGGAACUCACAAUGAUCUUUACUCAAGUGAGAAGAACUGGUAAGACAGAACCUUUCUGAUUUGAAUGGGCUGACUGGUGGUGGCUUGUGUCCAAUUAUGUCCUUUUCAAGUAAAUUCUUUGAACUUUCCCCCCCUCAGAUUAUUUUCUCUGAUGCAUCUCUGAUGUCAUUGGUGUGGGUGCUCUCUCUCUCUCUCGAUGCUAACAGUAAUCCUUCCAUACUUUCUUAGAGAUUCUUGUAUAUAAUCUUUCCAUAAAAUCCUCCACAAAAGGCCUUAUUUAGGGCCCUUCUGUUCCGAAAGGUAACUUUCUUUUUCCUAAAACCUAAUUGUUUUUGAUAGUAUUUAAGUAUUGUUACAACAAAUGCUCUAUUUUUUCCCUAAAGUCCACAAGUAUGUUGGUAUAGUGAGAAAGACAAUUACAAUUAAAUGAGUCCUUGCAAAGGGCCCUUAUUAUCCUCAGAACUACUACUAUAAUUUUACUUGCUUUUUAGGGAUAGGCUACAGUCCCUGAAAUAGAUUUUUCUUGUUUUUUUCUAAAUUUGAUACAUUUAAUCAAAGCUUCAGAGAAAUUCCACUAAAUGUACAAAUAUAGUAAUAUAAUGAACUACUAUGUGCCUAUGGUCUCUGCUUUACCAAAAUAGCUGAAUUCUUUUGUAGUUGACCUUUGUAUUUCAGAUAAAACUAGAUCAGUAUCUGGUUCAGUUCACUGUAAUUAAGUCUCUGGCAUGGCAGAUAUGACCUUUAAGAAACUCUAAGUGGAAAUGUAUACUUUAUGACUUGUUCAAGGAUGUAUUUCCUGCUGUUAUCUACUUUAUUGACCCCCGGCCUGCUAUUGUUCCAGGGUCAAGGAAUGCCUGAAACAGAAAUUAUAUAUAUGAAAAGUACCCUGUUGCCAUAAAACGUCCAGAAAAGCCCUUAUGGGGGCCAGGGAUGGCUCAUUGGAAACCUAUUCAAAGCUGGUAGAUCACAUUCAUAUACAACAUGCCUAGGACGGCCAGGAACAUAGGAAACAUGUUCCUGAAGAUCUAUUUAAGGGGGAAAAGUAUGCUCUUGAGAAGAAGUGUGAAAUAUUGACAGAAUGACCUGGCUCAAGUUUUCCCUGUGUGACUCCAAGCAAGUUACUUAACCUCUCACUGCCUCUAGGUCAUUCUCUAAGACUGACAUUGUGGAGCAGCUGCUGAUCUGCAUUGGUAAAAGGGAUUCUUUAUGUAUGACCUCCUUCUCCCUUUCCCCCCCUCAAAAGUUCUCUAUAGUAUGAGACUGGAAUAACCUCAAUUUAAAAGAUUUAGUUAAGAAAGGGACCUUAGUGCUAUUCAGGAACAUGGACCCAAUUCUGCUAUGGGGGAUCAGAUCAGAUCAACUUCCCCUCUCUCCUGGAAUGAUAAUAAUAAUAAUAAUAAUAAUAAUAGCUCCAUGCUAGGCACUCUGCUAAGGGCUUUAUAAUUAUUGUUUCAUUUGAUCCUCACAACACCCCUGGGAGGUAGGUGCUAUUAUGACCUCCAUUUUAUAGAGGAGGAAAUUGAGGCAGCCAGGUUAUUUGACUGAGGUCUAAUCUGAACUUGAGGGUCUUUAUGACUUGAAGCCCUGUGCUCUAUCUACUGAGCCACCAGCUGCUGUAGGGCAAUAUUCUUUUAGCAACAAUGAUCAGGUCUUUUUUCCUCACUGCUUCAUACUUUUUUGGUCAGGAUCUAAUUUGGCCCAAUUUCCCUAUAAGAAAAUGGGGGCCAUGGCAAAUAUGAAUAGCCCAAUUGUUGCAAUCAAUUUUGUAAUUUUGUAGUAACCUGGUUCUUAAACCUAGCUGUCUCAUCAUAGCCAUCUGUUAAAUAAAUGUAUUUGUUUCUAA